CUCGUCGUUAGUGCCACUCCACAACCACCACAGCCGCCACCAUGAACGGCUCUAUACCACUUCUCCUGUGCCUCCUCCUCUCCACCAGUCGCGGGGAGGAGGAGAAGGACACCCUACAGACCUCACGAACCUCACUGACGCUAAAGUCCCAAGAAAUGUCGUGUCCUGAAGCUGCAGACAUCUUGCCGUGUGUGUGUAAACAUGAGGAAGCGCUGAGUCUGGAGUGCUCAGGUGUGGAGGACGAGGCGCAGCUCCGUCAGGUAUUCAGAGCCUACUUCCCCACCACGGCCUUCUAUGAGUUCUACAUGGACGGCAAUAAGGGCGUGAGGGUGCUGGAGGAUGGCGUGUUCGGUAGCGUUAGUUUCCAAGUCCUGCAGGUUCUUAAUAGUGCACUGGAGACGGUGAGGGACGAUGCGCUCACUCCAAGUCUUCGUACGCUCACUCACAUCAACGUGGCCGACUCCCCGCUCGCUGUGUUCCCCUUCCACAGGCUGCAGGAGUUCACGUUGCUGGGAAGUAUGUCGCUUAUGAACUGUGAUGUGCAUUCCCUGCCGCCCCUCUCCUCCGCGUCACUCAAGCUCCUCUACCUCAACGCAAACUCCAUCUCGCACCUCACGCCCGAUGUCUUCUCGCUCCUCACCGCCGUGCAGAACAUUGACUUGACCGAGAACCACCUGACGGACAUCGAGGCGGGCACCUUCACCAGCAUCCCACGUCUCUCCAGCCUGAGUCUCUCCACCAACAUGCUCAGCUCCCUGCCCCGCCUCACCUUCGCCCUGGCCGCCACGCAGGACGCCCCCGGCUGGCUGCGCCUCGACCACAACAACAUCGACUCCGUGGAGGUUGACGCGUUCAAGGGUGUGCAGGCGCCAUCCUACAUUGAACUCAGCCACAACGCCCUCACCACGCUGCAGGAGGCGGUGUGGCGACCCGUGAUGGCGAGGGGCGUCACGGUGAUGCUUCAAGGCAAUGCUCUCUCCUGCGGCUGCGUCAUCGCCUGGCUGGUAAGAGAUCCUACUCUCCUGACGAAGGCACAGGGGGCUCGCUGCGCUGAUGGGAGGUGGCUGACGGACCUCGACCCUGCUGAUUUCGAUAUAUGUGGCUGAGUGAAGUGUUGGGGUUCGUUAUAAGAGAGGGGUAUAAUGUAAUGGAUGGUGAUUAAGGUGAUUUUGUUGUUGUUGUUGUUGUUGUUGUUUUAUUUUUGUCUUCAGUGUCAUUAUAUUUAUCAGCAAUCUAACAAAAUAAAGGACUAAAAGAAGAACAA